AUGGCGGCACACAUGGCUCCCCUGGCCCAGCCCAUCACCCUGCAGCUCUCCGGAAAGGUGAUCAAAAAUCGCAUGUAUAGGACUCCUCUAAGCGAAUAUGCGUCCACCUAUGACGAAAACAACGUCGAGAACAGCGGAAAGCCACUGCCGCGAUAUGAAGAGCUAUACCAGGAGCUCGCCCACGGUGGCGCCGGUCUCAUCUGUACCGGAAACAUCCCUAUUCACCGAGAUAACCUCGAGAACUACAACAACGCGGUCCUCGACAUCAACAACCCCUGGGACCCCGUGGAAGCGUUCGCACCCGCUGUCAAGGCGGCCAAGUCUCGCGGUGCUAUUUUCCUGCCCCAGUUACAGUUCCCUGGACGCCAGGUCCCUGAGUUCCUGAACCCUAACCCAAAGUCUUCGUCAGACCAGCAUCUGGGCCCCUGUCUGAAUAAAACAUACGGCAGGCCAUCACCGCUUACAAAGGACGAGAUCAAGGAUCUGAUACGCCGAUAUGUAUGGGCAUCCGAGGUCCUCCACAAAGCUGGAGCGGAUGGAAUUAUAUUGCACGCCAGUCAUGGAUAUAUCAUGCAGCAGUUCCUGUCUCCAUUGAUUAACAAGCGCACUGAUGAGUACGGGGGAAGCCUCGAGAAUCGGGCCCGCUUUAUUCUGGAGAUUGUCAACGCCGUCAAGGCCAGACUUCCCUUGAACAAAUUCGUCAUUGCCGCGAAGCUGAAUUGCCAUGACUUUAUUGAGGGCGGAACAAGCUUUGCAGAGAUGUGCGUCGUCAUAAAGUGGCUCGAAGACGCUGGCGUUGACUUCUUCGAUAUCUCCGGUGGCACAUAUGCUUCACCUGCAUGGAGAGGAAAUAUCAUGACAGAGCUGACCGAGCGCCCAUCGCAAAAAGAACGUGGGAGCUAUUUUAUUGAAUGGGCGCAAGAGCUCAAGAAGGUUCUGACUCGCGCGGUCAUCGGAACUACGGGUGGGUGGCGUGAUAGCCAUCGCAUGUCAGAGGCUGUGGAACACGGUGAUAUCGACAUGAUCGGGCUUGGUAGGCCCUUGCGAGAAGAUCCAAACUUUGUCAAUCAGGUCCUGCGUGGAGAGGUGAGACGGAGCAACCUAUAG